UAGAAGCUUGCAUAAAAAAGUUGAAGCCGAAAGGAAAGUUCUAUAUGCUUCUUGGAAUGCCACUGGCCAUUCAAAUUUGAUUGUAUGAGUGUUGUUCAAACGUGCCUCGUAAUGUUGCUUUCAAGGUGGAUUCUCAAAUCCCACGUAUUUUGAAUUGGAAGAUAAAUUCUCCUCGUCCAAGAUAUGAAACUCUUAUGGGAAGUAUGUUUGAUGAUACAGAUGACAAGGUUAUUUUUAAGAAUAUCGAGCCAACAAGAAAGGAGAUUUCAUCUUUUCAUAUACCGAAGAAGCUUGUUCCAGGAUCUGCUAGUCAUAAUGAAGAUGACAUUGACUCAGAUGAUGAUUUUCAGGAUCCUCCACAAAGACAAAAUCAGUUAACCACAAAGAAAAAACAUCAUGGCGAUUCAUCAGCUUCACUUGCAAAGAAAAAAUUGAAGCCACAUUCUAAAGGUGUAGAUGAGCAGACAUCAAAACGGACCCCUCCACCCCGUGCUGCAAAGAUUCCUUUUGUGAGAACUCCAAUUCACAAGCCAAUUCAAACAAAAGUUACACUACGUGAAAAUAGGAAAGACAUAAACCGGCUUGACAUUAAAAAAUCUAUUUCGGUUCAGUCGCCUGCUCCGUCUUUGUUCAGUUCUGAAAAUGUAGACGGUGUUGUCUCGAAGAAAGUCUUUGAUAAGUUUUGUGAAAAAAUAAUUUCUGUUUAAGUUUUUGAUUAAUUUAUUUUUUCAUUUCUAAUUUUUUUUUUAUAAUUCAGGU